UGGGUUUGCGUUCGCCGUUUAGCCGACUCUAGGUGUUGUGACUGUAACAGGCCUGUGGUUCAACGCGGCUCGUUUCUCAGUGACCGCAGAGUGAUGGUCCAUUGAUUGGGGUGGGGUGAUACAGGCAUUCAAUUGUUGGGCGCACAUAAUCCGCCUCAUACGAGCGUGUGUUCCUUACGGAAAUAUCGCACCUCCGGAUCGCCUCGUUCAGUCAUGGACACUCUGCCUCGAGAGCUCCUUGAUGUAGUGCUCGAACAACUUGCGGCGUAUAGCUUUCCUGAGAGCGCACGCUUUUCAGUCCUUGACGACGCAUCGCGACAAGGCAUACUGACAGCACGACUGGUUGGACGUUGUUUUCGCGAUUCGAAGACGUUGAACGAGCUCUUUGUUGCUGUGUUGGAGGAGACGCCAUUCACGUGGUAUCGCAAUCAGAUGCCGACACUGGUCGAGGUAUCCCGAUCGAAGAUGGCUAGCCGAAUGACGACGCUGUCGCUCUGUGGUAUGAAUCUGCAGCCAUGGCAGCAUGAUGCAAGUUCGGAUCUUCAGUCUGAUCGGCCAGUCAUAGCGCCUCUGCCGAAAGAUCUCUCGACUGUGCUGCGGAGAUUUGUUCAUGUCAAGCACCUCCGAUAUUAUCCGAUAUCGCCCAAGUGUUUCCACAAGAUCUGGCCAGGUGGCGUAUGUGGGCUUGACGAUGGUCCAGCACCGAAAUGGGGAUAUCCGCCUGACGACGUAGGUGUCCACUCCUGGCUGUGCCGGCAACAGGAGCCUACCUGGAUCUGUGGCAACACGAUGACCGACGUUGUGGAAGCAGGUCUAGCUUUGGACAGCGUGACGUUUCCUCUUUUUGGAAACAGGUCAUCGUAUUGUGGUGUCGAGGUCGCCGCCGCCUACUUCCCUCCAGCAUUGAAGCGCCUUACGAUCUCGCUAACUGACCGUUUCCAUGAUGUCGCCUUAUUCGAGCCUUGGCUUAGGACUCUGGAGAGUCUUACAUUCUUAGAAAUUGCCAUCUCGAGAAACCCAGAAAGUCUGAGACCGUGGAACUCCUUUGCGAGCUGUCGGCGGCUAACGGAUACCAACGCACCGAGUGCCAACUACCAGCUCUCGAGGCUCGAGGAGUUUCGGCUCAUGUCCGACAACCAGAACUGCUUCAGCGAAUCCGACUUGCUAGUGGGCUUGGAUCUGUUUCCCAAUUUGCGAAAGCUGGGACUGGCGCAUAUACUGAUCAAGUCUCAGCUCAACAAUGCGGCUUCCUGGAACAGCUUUGUCAAGCGAUUAAUCCCGAGAGGCUUGGAGCGACUGUGGCUGUUGGACCCGCGCGAUGUUUGGACAGAUGGGAUUCAAGGCGAACCUGGGCACUACGUGAUGGAGAAGUACUGGGGUGAUGACAGCUUCAGGGCUGCGGCGCAUGAUGUUCGACUGGUCGACACCAAGUCGCUGUGGGUAGAGAACCAAGAGCCACCCAAGAGGCGGAACUUUGACUAUCCUGGCUUCGCCAUCUUCCACCAGGGUUGAUUUUGUGACUUCAAGGGCCUGGGGAGCAGCUGUAAGAUAGCAAUGCGGACA